AAACAAAAUCUAGACUAGAACAGUGUACGUUUGUCAUUGCGCCCAGCCAUAGAUACGUCUCAAAAUAGGAAAAGAAAAAGAUUUGGAAAAAAAUGAAAAUGUGGACAAUCAUUUUAAUCGCCGUAAUAAUGGGGCAGCAGACCACAGCUGCUUCAGUGUCAAUGCUAACACCAGCCACCACCGAUGAACUGGUCGACUAUGUUCUGACAAAUAAAUUCUAUUAUUUCGAUAACCGAGCUCAGCCCAUGGAAGAUGAGUUGGACGAAAUGCUGGAACAAAUCAAAUUGGCCAAGAACAAAGUCUCCGAUGGCGAUAGUAAAAAAUUACAAAUCUAUACAAGAGCCCAAGAUUUCACCGAAAAAUACAUGGAUCUAUUCAAGCGUCACAAAUUCCAAUGCGGUGUACGCAAUGUAUUCCAGUUUAUGUCGCCCGUCAUUUCUCGUGUCAUUUUGGCCACCAACAAUGAGGAUGUGGCCAUACACUGGUACAAUCAUUUCAAAAUGUUUGUCGAUCAGCUGGAAGCCUAUGAGAAGAGUGCUGAGGCAACACAUGAUGUCAUACGUAAAUUUACCCGUGACAAUCGUAGCCUACAGUUGGAAUAUGAUGAAAAGUACACCCGUAAGGCAAAUCAAAAGUGUAAUUUGGGUAUUUUUAUGAAUGAAAUACAUUAGUGAGUGUGUUUUUAGGAUAGAAAAAACUGGCAAACUGUGAAGUUGGCUGAUAGAGAGACUUUGUGAAGUUGAAUAUUUAUACAAAAAAAAAAAGAAUAAAGUUGAAUAUUUAAAA